AUGGGGAAGAAGAAGCGUGCUUCUAAGAAGGUGCCGCCACCGUCAAAGCCGUCAGAGAAGUUGUCAAAGACGAAGCGAGGGAGGAAAACGAAGAAGGAGAAGGAUGCAGAGAAGCACAAAGAAGAUGGAACAUCCGUUCACGGUGAUCGGUCAAAUGAUAUGUUCAAUGCUGUAAUCCAAUAUGGUGGUGAGUUUGUGCUUCUGAACAACGGUGAUACGAUUUACAGAGGGGGUGUGUCGUCGUUAGUUUCUGAACUCCGUUUAGAAGAGUUUGCAAUGGAUAGUGUACAUAGAUGGGAACUUUUCAUAGAGCAUGAUGUUGAUGAUUCUAUAGCAUCAGUUAGGUCGCCUAGGUGUGUCAAUGAGGUUGUUGAGAUGGAAGGAAGUGAUGAAGAAGAUGUUGAAGGUUUAGGUGACAGUGAAGAUGAGAGGGCCACUACAGUUCUUGAUGGUUUUGAAGGGGUUGAUAUAGGUUUACCUAUGAAGGAGACCACAAAAGGCCUUGAGUUUAUUAGUGAGCCUAAAAAGAAAAAGUGUGAGGAGGAUGAGUAUAUUAGUGAUGAGUUGGAAAGUUCAGAUCCAGAUUUGUCAGAUAGUGAGAAGGGCAAAGUCCAAAAAUUUGAAAAGUUUAGAAAGGACCAUUUAAAUAAGGAUUUUAAAUUUCAGUGGGGCAUGCAAUUCAACUCCCUAGAUGAAUUUAGAUAUGCCAUACGUGAAUGGUCAGUAUUAAAUGGGAGAGAAAUAACUUUUACCAAAAAUGAAAGUGAUAGGGUAAGGGUAGUGUGCAGCGCCAAAUGUGGGUUUUUAAUGCUUUGCUCUAAAGUGGGCCAUAAGAGGACUUUUGAUAUAAAAACCAUAGUAGACAAACACACGUGUGCUAGGGUUUUAGACAACAGAUCUGCAAAUUCAAGGUGGGUUGCUAAGGCGGUUUUGAAGAAGAUGCAAAGCUCACAGGAUGUUAGAAUCACUGAUACUAUACAAGAUCUGAGGCAAAAUUACUCUGUAGGUAUAACUGUGAGUAGGGCUUGGAAAGCAAAACUCAUAGCCAAGAAGAUGUUGGAGGGAGAUGCAGACAGGCAAUAUGCAAUAUUGAGGAGGUAUGCUGCAGAAUUGCAUAGAGCCAACAUUGGAAACACAUUGUCAAUAACUGUUGAAAGGCCAAAUCCAACCAUCCCACCAAGAUUUGGUUCUUUUUAUUUCUGCUUUGAAGGAUGUAAAAAAGGAUUUCUAAAUGGUUGUAGGCCUUUUGUUGGUGUGGAUGGCUGCCACUUGAAAACCAAGUAUGGGGGUCAGUUACUAAUUGAUGUAGGGAGGGACCCUAAUGAUCAAUAUUUUCCACUUACUUUUGGGGUGGUUGAGACUGAAACAAAAGAAAGCUGGAAAUGGUUUUUGGAACUGUUGAUAAAUGAUAUGGGCCAUAGUAACAAAUAUGUCUUUAUAUCAGACCAACAAAAGGGUCUUGUUGCAAUGUUUGAAGCGAUGUUUGAAAGGAUUGAGCACAGAGUUUGCUUAAGGCAUUUAUAUGCUAAUUUCAAAAAAAAAAAAAAAAUUGGAGGAGGUGCCCUAAUUAGAGAUCUCAUGAUGGAAGCUGCAAAAUCCACAUACUACCAAGGUUGGCUUCAGAAGAUGAAUGAGUUAAAGUUGGUAGAUCCUAAUGCCUAG